CCGGCUCUCUCUCCUCUCUGUCCACUCCUUCUCCACUCCACGCCGCCGCCGCCUACGCCGAAGUGCCGCAGCCUCCUCAAAGAGCAGCAGUCAACGGAGCAAGCAGCAGCAGCUCGCGGCAGCAGAACCUACCCGUCCAUGCUCAGCUCGAUGCAGUGCUCCUCCUCGCCGGCGGGUGAGUGCUCCAGCACGGCCGCGUCGAUCCACCAGCAAGCAAAGCUAGCCUCUAUCUAGCUAAUCGAGCCGCUCGAUCUACUCUCACGUGUACUAGACCACUAGUAGUAUGUAUAUAGCUAGCUAAUCGAUCCACUCGAUUGAUUCCUAUGUGUAACAGCAGUACGUAUGUGUGGGCGUUUGUAGGCGGGGUGUAUACAUAUACAUUUGAAUACUCGAAUACCUGGGGUGUGUAUACAAAUAAGGGCAGAUGCGGUUAGCGCGAACCGUUAGAUCUGCGUGCGAGUGUGUACCGAGCCAACUGUUGCAGCAAAAAAAACACGUUUUGUUACAACCGUUGUACAAAACAGCCACAACGAGAAAAACAGGGGAGCUGGAUCCCCCGCGUCUGCCCGUCCCCGAUCCGCGGCGGCGGCGGCCGGAUCCGCCUGUUUUAAGUUUCCCAUGGCCGAAUCAUGUCGAGGAGGGGCUUCCCCAUCUAUCAAGCGGCCUUGGAAUUGCUUCAAUCAUGUCUUACAUCUGUAAUGACCUCCUUGCCUCCAUGGAUUUGGGCUCGAGCUCCGCUGCCGUUCAUCGCCGAAGUCCCUUGAGGCGGCAAGGCCCUGGUGGUAGUGGACCGGUGCUGCAACGGUACUACAACUCUGGUGUGGUCUUCCAAGAUGCAGCACGACAUGGCCGGGAUGAAAUUGAUCUGAAUGUUGCUGUGGAGCCAUCGAUUUUCCUUGAUGAUGAUAUGCAAAAUGUUGCGCACGAAGAAGAAGAUGAUGGCAUUGAUCUAAAUGAUACUCCAGGACAUGAUAGUGACGAUUCCUUGCGGCUGAACACGGAUGGUGCAGCUCCAAACCAUUGCAAUGCCCGUGUGACCGGUGACAAUGCCAAUGGAAAUGCUGCAACACUUGUUGAUGAACCAGACGAAGAUAUAUCAUCAUAGCCAGUUGUCCCUUUUGUUGGAAUGAUUUUUGACAAUGUUGAAGAAGCUCAGCGUGUUUACAAUGAAUAUGCUUCGUAGAUGGGCUUUGGAA